GUCUCAGUUUUCAAAAGAGAAUAUAAAGAAGAUACGCCCUUUUUUAUAUCUCAAUACUUUAAGUUUAAGGUUUUGUUAAAAAGACAUGGACGUAUUUAACAAGCUUCGCAGCGCAGUAAGCAGUGCAUUGCCAGGAAACCCUUUGUCUAAAGAUUUUGACGUUUCCAACCACGUGGCGUCUGGAGGGCCUGGGUUAUCCUGGAAGAUCUACAAUGCAAUCAAGAGGACAACAAAACAGGAAGCAUCAGUUUUUGUGUUUGAAAAAAAAAAUCUGGAAAAAUACUCAAAAAAGGACAGAGACCUGAUUAUAGAUUCAUUAAAGAAGGGUGUUUCACAGCUAACAAGAUUAAGACAUCCAAAGAUUCUGUCCGUUCUUCAACCCCUUGAGGAGUCAAGAGAGGCACUUGCCUUUGCCACAGAGCCUGUGUUUGCCAGUCUGGCCAAUGUUUUAGGGGACCACACUAAUGUACCAACACCAGUGCCCUCAGAGCUGACAGAAUACAAGUUAUUUGAUGUGGAGAUCAAGCAUGGAAUUAUACAGGCAGCAGAGGGACUGGGAUUUCUGCACAAAGAUGCCAAAAUGAUGCACAAUAAUAUUUGUCCAUCCAGUAUCAUUGUCAACAAAUAUGGCGCCUGGAAGUUAGCCGGCUUUGAUUUCUGUGUUGCCAACAUUAGCCAGCAGGAUCAGGCUACCACAUUUCCAUGUCAUGAGUGGAACCCCGACCAACCCCCCAUGACUCAGCCGUGUCUGGACUACAUGGCUCCAGAGUACUGCCUGACCCUCAGCUGCUGUGAGGCCAGCGACAUGUUCUCCCUGGGGGUCCUCAUCUACUGUAUAUACAACCACGGAAAGCCUCUGUAUGAAUGCCACAAUCAGCUGUCUCAGUUCAAAAAGUUCACGGAAGAGUUGAGGAAGUUCCGGGCUUCCCUUUUGGGGAGUGUUCCUGAAGGUUUGCAGCAGUAUGUGAAACUCCUUCUGAACACUGAGCCUACGGUCAGACCAGACCCCAGUCAGCUGAUGAAGGUUGAUUUCUUUGAUGAUGUUGGAACUGUGACUCUACAAUUUAUGGACACAUUAUUUCAACGUGACAACCUACAAAAGUCGGAGUUCUUCCGAGGCCUUCCAAAGAUCCUGAAAAAUCUGCCAAAGCGAGUGAACCAGCAGAGGAUACUGCCACCCCUGGUCAAGGAGAGCGUGAACCACGACAUGGUCCCCUUCACCCUCCCCAGCCUCCUAUAUAUGGCGGACCAGGCCACAGAAUUGGAGUAUAGGAGCAUCAUAUUUCCGGCUCUUGUCCCUCUUUUAAAGAUGAGAGAACCCAUUCAGAUUUCCCUGAUCUUCAUGCAAAAUAUGAGUGUGAUGUUGAAGAAGACGCCUGUGAGUGACAUGACCAAUCACAUUUUACCCAUGAUUCACCAGUCCUUGGAGGCAAACAACUCUCAACUGCAGGAUAUGUGUCUGGACAUUGUGCCAACAUUUGCUGGGCUGAUAGAUUUUUCAGCUUUGAAGAAAUCCAUUUUGCCUCGGAUAAAAAAGAUUUGCCUUUCAACCAGCACCUUAUCUGUGAGGAUUAACUGCCUGCUGUGUAUUGGUAAGCUGUUGGAGUACAUGGACAAGUGGACCGUGCUGGAUGAUGUCCUCCCCCUCCUCCCACAGAUCCCCUCCAGGGAGCCCGCCGUACUAAUGAGCAUUCUAGGAAUAUAUCAAGUCACAAUGUCCCAUGCCAAACUGGGCAUUACAAAAGAUCUGCUAGCUACCAAAGUUCUGCCAUUCCUCAUACCCAUUAGUAUUGAUAGCAAUCUGAAUCUUUCACAGUUCAAUGCUUAUAUAACAACCAUCAAGGAUAUGAUCUCUAAACUGGAAUCAGAGCAUCGUGGUAAACUGGAGCAGAUUGACAAGAUGAGACAGGAGCAAAAAACAAUAGAAAUUACGAAAAUAACAGGUCAAGAUGAAAAGUCAGCCAAAUCCGAGGAGCCAAAGACUAUGAUGGAUCAGUUUUUGAGUGGGUAUAAUGUUCAACAAACUGUGGCUAACAGCAAACAGAGUCCAUCUCUUAUUCAAACUUCUGUACCUUCCUCUGCGACCAAUAAGGAAGCUGAAUCCAAACCAGCUGUUUCUAAGACACUGACUUUAGAAGAAAAACAAAGACUGGCUCAGCAGCAGGAACAGCAAAGGCGAUUCAAAGAGCAAAAACCUAUUACAAUGUCCACCAAUAAAGCUUCACCUGUGGCCAAGACUCAACCAAAAGAUCUGUCAGCAUCACUAAUGAAUUCCAGUCCAAUGGGACAGCCGAGGAUGAUGGGAAAUCAGGGAAUGAUGGGACAACAGCAAAGUUUGAAUUCAAAUGUCAUGGGCUUCUCACAAAGUGGUUUGACCAGUACUGGUGGGUUCCCCAGUUAUUCAGGAGUUGGAUCAAUGGGUCAUAUGCAGGGUUCUUCAGGAUCUAGACCAGCGUCAGGGACAAAUAGCAAACAGUCGUUUGAUUUAUCAGCAUUUGACUCACUUCUUCCCAGUGCUUCGCAACCAAAAAUGUCCCUGAAUCAAAUGAAUGGUAGUCAGUCACAAGGGGCAUCUUUUCCAAUGAACAACUCUUCAUUUAAUUCUAUGAACAGUAUGGCAAAUCAGCCCAUGAGACCACAGACUAUGUCAGGCUCAAGCAUGAUGCCUGGACAACCUGGAAUGAUGGGUAAUCAUGGCUUUAUGGGAAAUCAAGGAAUGAUGGGAAAUCAAGGUUUUAUGGGAAAUCAAGGGUUUAUGGGACAACCUGGAAUGAUGAGACAACCUACUCCUAUGAUGCAAGGACAAUUUAAUACAUCUAUGAACAGCAUGAAUUUCCCCCAGAACCAAGGAUCAAGCAAUGCAACAAAAUCUAACAUUACGAACAAUGAUAUUUCAGAUAUAUUUGGUUAAAAUUAGAGCUACAAUAACAUAUAUCAUAAUUGUACAAUAAUAUGGGGAAUUAGCUUUUGAUUUUGCUAUUUAAUUGAAUUCAUGUUGACUUUAUAAUAUUUGGUAAUAUGGUUAACGUAUUCAUGGAUCAGUGUUAUAUCGAAAGAUAUUUUUUCCAUAUUCCAAUUGAUUUUUGAAAUUUCGUUUAGCACUUUAAUGACUUUGUGUGAAUCUUGGUGUAGAUUCUUUUUUAUAUGAAGAAUGAUUUAAUUUUUUCCUUUAUUGGUUCUUCAUGUACAUUCCUCAUCUUGUUUUUAUCGCUAUUUGAAGCCUUUUCCUUCUCUGCAAUGUAUGUGUGCAAUAUUCAUUUAAUACUUUAUGCAUUAAAAUGCAUGUUGUUUAGUUACUCUUUUUAAGUCAUUAGAAUUAAUUUUUUUUAUUUCAAAUUUUGUAAUAUCAAUAUAUGUAGUCAUGAAUCAGGACAAGUCAAUACCAAGGCACAAAAAUGGAAGCACUGAUGGUAGUAUUAAUCAGGCUUUUGCCAUAGCAUUAUGAACUGAUUUAGGAAUUAGGUCAAGACAGACAACGACAUAUCAUUUCCAUACAUUUUGUGUAAAAGUUUAAAUGUCAUUGCCUAAUCUUAUUGAUUUCUCAAUGUUUACAACAUAAAAGAAAGACUAGUAUUAAUGAAUCUCUCUUCAUUUCUGCCUUCAAUCUUGAUUUGUUGUAUACAUUCAAGUUUCAAAGAUUUUUUUAUAUGCACUGAAGGGGCUUUGGUCUUAGAGUACAUGUAUUUUCCAAAAGCCAAACAAUUUUUAUUGUUAAAGUUCAGUUAACUUGUAAUACAUGUUUACUUAGUAGAAAUUUCAAAUUUCAAUACUUAUUAAAACUUAUUUUAUUUUAACUGUGAUAAUAAAGUUGCAAA